AUGGUGAAAAAAUCUAGGAAGGAUUGGUCCCUCAAGCUUGAUGACACACUUUGGGCCCUAUGGACGGCGUACAAGACUCCAAUUGGUACAACCCCCUAUCGGUUGGUCUAUGGGAAGGCUUGUCAUUUGCCGGUCGAGUUGGAGCAUAAGGCUUGGUGGGCUAUCAAAAAACUUAACAUGGAUAUUUCACUUAGCGGUGAGAAGAGAUUGCUUAAGCUGAAUGAACUUGAGGAGCUUAGAUAUGAUGCCUAUGAGAACUCAAGGCUAUAUAAGGAGAAGACCAAUAAAUGGCAUGACCAACACAUAAGGAACAAGAGCUUCAAGGUUGGAGACAAGGUGUUGUUAUUCAAUUCUAGGCUUCGUUUGUUUCCCGGAAAGCUUAAAUCCAAAUGGUCGGGGCCUUUCGUGAAUUCAAAGACUACUCCUCAUGGUUCUUUUGAGUUAGAGGCGAGUGAUCAUAAGUUCAUGGUUAAUGGCCAUCCUUUGAAGCACUAUUUUUGCAAGGAUGAAGUUGGUUUGAUUGAAUGCAUGAGGCUUGAUCCUAAGGAUAUCAAGCCACUCCCUUGA